AAAAAAAAAAAAAAAAAAAAAAAAAAGGAACUCGGUGGUUUAUUAACUCGUUUUUAAUCCUAAUACCAUUCAGAUCGCGCAUCGCAAGUGAUGAAACUCAAGAAAGUCCUUUGAAAAGAUUCUUUAUUCUACGCGCCCCUGGAAAUAUGCGGCCAAAGGGAAGAAGUUCGAAGAGCCCCGCUACUGACGAUCUCCAAUCACGCUCAAAUGGGGGAUUAUGUUUGUUCCGUGAAGUAGCGAUUACCUGCUUAUUUGUGAAAUCGAUAAAUAAGUCAACGACAUGCAUCUGUCAUGUGUUAUCUUUAGUCUGUUCUUAGGAAUAUCAUCAUUUACACAUGGGAUCGAACUUGAUAUUGAUGGUUGGCUUCAGUUGAGAUUAUGGCAUGCGCUCAAUGAUGAACCAGGACCGAAUUUUGUAGAAAGGGGAAAUGUAACGAUUACUAGUGUACGUAGUGGAGCUUCAGUUGUUGGACAAAAUGGACUUUUACAAGCACAAAUUAAUCAAUUAAAAGAUCUAGCUAAGAACGAUGGAAAGUAUAGAUUAAAAGCAAUAGCUCGUACUUCUUCUGGAAGUGAAACAACUUUCUUAACUUCUAUACCGGCGUGUUAUUUACUUGGAUCAAAUCUCGAAGAUAUUUUAACAGUAUGGAUAGAUAGUUCCGCGGAGCCAAUAGCAGUAAGUCUAUCAUCUUCUGGUCCAUGUGUUAUGGAUAGUCCUUUUACAAAUAUGUGGACUACAAAUAUAAUAGUCAAGUAUCCUGAUAGCGGCCCUGCACCAGAUACAGCGACUUAUAUUCAAAAACUUGAACGAGAACGUGAAGCUCGAGAAAGAGGAGAGACCAAAGAUAACAGAUCAUUCCUCGCGAAAUAUUGGAUGUAUAUCGUUCCUGCAUUGAUCUUCGUUCUUUUAACAUCAGCAACCAAUCCCGAAGCUGCUGCUGCCGGUGGUAGUGGCAGCGGUCAAAGACAGUGAUUCCCUUUUUUAAGACUACUUUACUGUACCUGCGAGUAUAUUGUGACCUAAAUUGUGAUCUUGCUGAUGUGUGAGACUUUUCUGUAUGUUUUCAUGUAAUUAUUAUUGUAUUAUAUUCUUGCUUUAAUAAAUGUGUACAGUAUAAAUAUA